AUUGCGACACUCACGUGGAAAGGGUUACCACUAUAAAGUGGGCCCGGGGUUCAGUAGGAUCUUGGGUCAAUUUGUUGUGUGUAUGAUACUCGUUAUUAUGAAAAGUUAUGAAUUCGUGGCGCAAAAAGACGCCACUGGAGUGGCAGAGAUACGUCAAUAACGAAGUGAAAGUGGUAGCGGACGAAAAGCGGCUGUAUCGAGGCUGGGUUUAUACGGUGGACCCGGUGUCAGCAAGUAUUGUCCUGGUGAAUCCCCAGGAGGACGGCAGGGCACACGUCACGGUGGUGAUGGGUCACGCCGUGGAUGAGGUGGAGCUGCUGCAGGAAGGCGGCGAGGAGAUGGCGCAGAGACUGUCCUCCCUGUUCUCACCAGAUGGCGUGCAGACCGUGAGCACGGAGGAACUGCAGAGCAAAAAAGGGUGUCUACGCGCUUGGCUGGAGAAAAACCGCAUUCCGGUGUCGGAAGAAGGGGAGGCCCUGUGCGUGGCGGGGGUGCUCCGCAUAAACCCACCGUACGGAUCAGCCGAUUGCAUCAGCUCCAAUGAGAUCAUUCUGUCCCGAGUGCAGAGCCUAGUGGAAAGUAAUCCUGGAACACAGGGUUAGACAUUGUUCGGUGCAACACUGUCGAUUUAACAAAGGAUUUUUUCCGAUUAAAAUGUUCUUUCUAAAUAAGCUUUCUUAAGGAAUUUAUGAUUUGAGUAAAGUUGAAGUGCAUUCAGUAAUCGUGUUUUUUGAAUGACGUCGAUCUUGGUCUUUUUGUGGGCUUUUGCCAGAUGAAAUGGCUUUUCUAAUAAAACUAAGGAAUUUUAUAA